AGCUCGGCUUGAAUUACCGCUAAGGGACAGAGAGAACCAAUCCAUCAUUCUAUGAAGCAGCACAGUCUAAUGGUCUGAGGAGCAGAGACAGCCGGCAGCUACAAGACUAUUUGAAAAUCUGAAGACUGAAGUUUCAAAAUCAAUGGAUGGAAGGCUUAUGUCCGAAACAUUGACUCUACUGCUCCUCGGAUGCUGCCUGACCUGCUGUUUUGCCAGCGCCACAUUUUUUGACUGACUCUCCAGCGUCUGCAGUCCUCAUUUUGUUGUUAAUGUCUGACAGUCACUCAAUCCAUUGGGACCACAACAAUUUUUGACUGAUUUCUGUGAGAGGGAUCAACACUUUUUGGUUCCUGUUUGAGGACGUUUUCAACAUCAGGUGGGACUGGACAAGAGACCCCACUGUUGAAGCACACUGUGUGUGGAGCCUGAAACAGUUAUACGGCCUGGGAAGGGGAUUUCAGGGCAGGGAGGGGCUCUACACGUGUUUGUGUGCAGCUGAAGCUGUGGCCAUGGAGAAUCCUGAGGAAUUCCACCCCGUGGAGAAACCGUGGAAGUGUGGCGACUGUGGGAAAGGCUUCCGUGUCCCGUCUACCCUGGAGACUCAUCGGCGCUGUCACACCGGGGAGAGGCCAUUCCCCUGCACCGACUGCGGGAAGGCCUUCAGAGAUUACUUCCACCUGCUGAGGCACCAGCGGAGCCACACGGGCGAAAAACCCAUCAGCUGCCCAGAUUGUGGGAAGGCCUUCAUAUUUUUCUCUGCCCUGUUGGCCCACCAGCGGGUCCACACAGGAGAGAAGCCGUUCAGCUGCCCAGAGUGUGGGAAGGCCUUCAGGUAUUCCUCCAACCUGCUGACCCACCAGCGUGUCCACACCGGGGAGAGACCGUACACCUGCCCUCAGUGCAGAAAGAGCUUCACCUGCUCCUCCAACCUGCGGAGCCACCAGCGGAUCCACACCGGGGAGAGGCCCUUCAGCUGCCCUGAGUGUGGGAAGGCCUUUCACGAUUCCUCCACCCUGCUGACCCACCAGCGGAUCCACACCGGGGAGAGACCCUUCAGCUGCCCCAAAUGCAGGAAGGGUUUCAACUGCUCCUCCCACCUGCGGAGCCACCAGCGGAUUCACACAAGGGAGAGGCUCUUCACUUGCUCUCAGUGCAGGAAGGCCUUCAGCUAUUCCUCCACGCUGCUGAUCCACCAGCGGAUACACACCGGGGAGAGACCAUACACCUGCCCUCACUGCGGGAAGGGCUUCACCUGCUCCUCCAACCUGCGGAGACACCAGCGAGUUCACACCGGGGAGAGGCCAUUCCCCUGCAUCGACUGCGGGAAGGCCUUCAGACAUUCCUCCCACCUGCUGACCCACCAGCAGGACCACACGGGGGAAAGACCCUUCAGCUGCCCCGAGUGCGGGAAGGCCUUCGUGUUUUUCUCCGCCCUGUUGGCCCACCAGCGGGUCCACACAGGAGAGAGGCCGUUCAACUGCCCAGAGUGCGGGAAGGCCUUCAGGUAUUCCUCCACUCUACUGAGCCACCGGCGUGUCCACACCGGGGAAAGGCCCUUCAGCUGCCCCGAGUGUGGGAAGGCCUUCAGCGAUUCCUCCACCCUGCGGAGCCACCGGCGCGUCCACACAGGGCAGAGGCCCUUCAGCUGCCCUGAGUGCGGGAAGGCCUUUACCCACGUCUCCUCCCUGAUGAGGCACCAGCAGAUCCAUACAGGAGAAAGGCCCUUCAGCUGCCCCGAGUGUGGGAAGGCCUUUACCCAGGCCUCCACCCUGCUGACCCACCAGCGGGUCCACACAGGGGAGAAGCCCUACAGCUGCCCCAAGUGUGGGAAGGCCUUCAGCAAUUCCUCCACCCUGCUGACCCACCAGCGGGUCCACACGGGGGAGAGGCCGUUCACCUGCUCUCAGUGUGGGAAGGGUUUCACCUGUUCCUCCAACCUGCGGAGCCACCAGCGGGUCCACACGGGGGAGAGGCCCUACACCUGCCCUGAGUGUGGGAAGGCCUUCAGCACAUCCUCCACCCUGCUGAGGCACCAGCGGAUCCACACCGGGGAGAGGCCGUUCAUCUGCUGUCAGUGUGGGAAGGGCUUCACCUACUCCUUCCACCUGCGGAAGCACCAACGAGUUCACGUGCCAUCGCAGGGGGAUUGAAGGAGUGACGGCCGAGUCCCAUUAUCGAUUGGAAUAUCAACCCGGUUCCGGGGACUCCCGGGUUCGAAUCCCGCCACGACAGAUGGCAGAAUUGGUAUUCGGUCAGAAAUGUGGAGUUCGCAAUCUAACGAUGAGACCGUUUCAGGUGGAGAUAUUCAAAAUUCAGAGAGAUAUCAGUCUUGAUGUUUUUGCUUUUUCUGUCCCUGUAAGAUCCUGAAUCAGCACCUUCAGGGGAAUUAGUUAGAUCAGAGUGAGAACAGAGGGGGAGAGAGAGUGGGAUGGUGCUUUCAAUUAUGUGGAAAAACAAAAGAAAAGAAUGUUUUGCAAAAGUAGAAUUCCUUGUUCAGGGUGGUGUGGGGGAGAAAGCCCCCAUCUGAUUCACUCUCUCCCUUGUUAGGGAAGGGAACGGCCAUUGUGGGAAAGGAUUCACUCAGUCGUUCCAGCUGCAUCCUUUACCCGGUCUGGCCUACACGUGACUCCAGACCCACAGCAGUCUGGUUGACUCUACACUGCCCCUUCCUGGCAAAGGAGCGGGGAGAAACUUACCUGGAGACAGGGUAUGGGUUGAAAUUGCUGAGUGAGGCAAUACUUCCUCCGGGUUACGGCUGUACCAAGGAUCCAAUUUCAAGUGGACAACUUGGUGCUGGCCAAUAGUAAAGACAGUGAGGUGGGGAUGGGGCCAGGGGAGGUGUGGUGUGUGCACUUUCACCUUGAGCUGUUCAAAAAGCAACUACUUUUUCUCUGCCUCUUUGCUGGGGGGAUCUGAAGCUGUAACAAA